GGAGGUUCAAAAAGGAUGACGAGACAAAGCCGAACUUUGUGAAUUACUUGAAGCGUCUACAGCCCUCUAAUAGCAAGAAAUCUAUACAGCAGUCGAAUUCUUUGCAUUUCAACCAGCCGUAUAGCAACGGUGAACAAAAGCACUCAAAAUCCGUAGACGAUUUAAACAGCUUUAAUGAUCAGCUAUCUCAGCAACAGCCCAGGAGAGAUCUUGCCGAGUCAUCUCUCAGAACUCGUAAGAUCUCCCUUCCAAUGGCUGUAUACCCAAUAGAGGAGAAUAACCAAUCGCUUACGCCGGGAGAUAUCAAUCAGAGGCCACAGAGAAAGUCCUCACUCGCUGCCCAAUCUAUUUUGUUCGGAAAUCCAACCCCGCUUACUUCAAUUCCACAGUCCUCGUCCUCCAGCUUGGAAUCUCCAUCUAGGGGAUCGCCUACACCUGAACACGACAAUAUAGUCACCCCCACAUCAUCACAUCCGACACUCUACCCAAUACCUAACAAGAGAUCUGGCGAUGACGACACAUCUGUCUCACCUACCACAACAACUAAUCGCACUCUUGAGACAGAGUUGAACAACCGUGAUGAUCCACCUUCACCGACACCGGGUAGAGAUAACGACUUCUGGAACCAAGAACGGGCAGAGAAGAGAUCGUCUCAGAUCACUCUCCGAUCGGGAUUUUUACAGAGGAAGGUCGAUUAUAUGCCAUCUCGCAAGACACAGGCCGAAUUAUCACGUAAUUGGAAACCGUUUAAAGUAGCUUUGAGGAACAACAAACUCUUCUUGUACAAGAUACCAUCCUCUGACAAGACAAACGCAGUCAAGGAUUUCUUCCCUCAUAGACUUAUACCAAGUGCCCCUAUUCAGCAACAAAGUCCAGCACAAAAAUCGCGCGCUUAUUACGGCAAGAGCAAGCAUCCUGGACUUGUCAUUGAUGAGAGCGCAACUGACGAAAGAGUGAUCGGUGGUAGUCCAGAGGCAAUCGUCCAUGAAAUGAUUUUUGGUACUCAAUCCUCGUCUAAUGAACAACAUUACGAUUACGUAGAAAGCGUUAUAUUCAACUACUCAGCGAUACUCGAAAAGCAUUUCACAUCGACUAGGUUCUUCAAUGAAGUUCAGAAAUGUGCAAAUACUGCUUUACAGGAAGCUCCAAAUGGCGAAUACAUCCAACGCGUGAUUCUGCCAUUCAUUAUUAGAUACCUCGUGGUCGUACAAAUGUUACAGUUAGAUGAACAAGCAAAGAGAUUAGUCGUCAAUCUCAUCGAAGCCAUUAAAAGUAGACCUCCAAACAAGGAAGACGACGAUCUCGUAAAGGCUGUUCAUCCAAAACUUUUCAAUGCUCGUGAAAUUCCACCAAUGUUCACACCAACAGACUAUCAAUCUAGACUUAAUCAUGACGCGUCAUCUCCACAGGUGCUACGAUCUGAGGUUUCGAAGCAUCUCGCUAACGCUGGUUUAACACCAGCCUUAUUCUUGGUCCUCGAACCUCGUGAAAUCGGUCGCCAAGUCCAUUCUUAUCAUGUCGAACGUAUUCGUGGUCUCGGUGAAUAUCUCGAUAAACGUGGUGGUGACAAAUUGAGAGCAAGACAGGAGGUUUUCUGGGGAUUAUGUCAGCAAUCCGAUGAUACUAACCCAUUGCUACUCCUGUCUUUCUCACCAGCCAAACCACAUUUCUUGACAAGAUUGAUCCUGCAUCAUGUUCUCAUCCUUUCAAGACAGCCGCUAAAUUUGGAGGGUAUAAGUUCACUAGGUCAACUGAGAUCGUUGGUCGCAGCUACAACCUCUUCUCCAACUGCUCUGCGUGCAACAUUGAUAGUCCACUGGAUAAGAGUGGGUAUGUCAUUGGAAAGACUUGGUGACGCCGCGGGAUGGGCAGCUGUCGCUUUGGGUCUCUGCUCGCGAGCUGUUUCAAGAUUAGCGCGCACCUGGAAACGUAUUGGUCGUGAAGAACGUAACACGGUUUCAAGAUGGGCAGCUACAUUGGCAGAUUUAGGUGUUGUGGACGAAGCUGAAACUACAACUGAAGCUAAGGUUAAGCCGGCUACAUCAAUACCUACUUACACCAUCACACCAAAAAGCAAAGUAAGACCAGCAGCUUUGCCAUCAGUUCAUGUCACGUCAGCAUCUAUACCUUACCUUGGAACAUUAUUGGAUGACGUGAAACCAACGCUUGAUGCUCAUAGCACAGAUGAGAUACAGAUCACACCUCUCUUCAGAUCACGCAAGAGGUUAUAUGAAUCCUUCGCAUUAUUUGAGGAAGCUUAUAAAGGACAUAGCGUCAAGCUUGGCUUGAAUCAUAAGAGUAGCCGCGAUACGAUCGGUACAAACGAUGAGGAAGUUGCCGUUGGUAGUCAUGAAGGUGAUACCACUGUAGCACCGAGAUCUGCUGCUUUAUUGGUCGAAUUCGCUGCUCUAUGGCAGUACUUGUCUUUGAUACCAAUACCACAAUUACCUCAGAUAUCUCUUUACAUUGGAAAUUCACUUAGCUGUGAAAGCAGAUUACUUAACGCACCUGCGGAACGCAAGACACACAAACCAGAAGAUUCCAUUGCGAGUGCCUUACCGGCACUUCCUACCGACUACAAACCACCUACGCAACUCAGUGUCAACCCGUUAACUCCAUUGACGUUUCCACCAACACUGGCAUAUAUAACCUUCAGUGAUACCAACAGUAUUGCCACAGAAGCGAAUGAAAGGUUGUUUGCACCACAGUCGAGGCCAAAGAUGACAAGGUUGGAUAGUGCUGAUUCGUCAAAUACUAUCAGCUCUAUAACUCCAGCUUCAAGUCAACCGUCUCAACCAAUAGUCCGUACACAUUCGCUUCAGCUGCGGAGAAGGAGCUUUGACAUUGACCUCAAGCGUAAGUCUUCACGCAGAAUGACUAAGAAUGAAGACGGUCAAACACCGCUCCUCGCUAUCGAGAAAGCAGCUAAGAACAUUCAUGAACCUCAGAAUCGACGUAUGGCAUUCCAGCGAACUAUGAAGGAAAUGGCAGCCGGUGGUGCAGAAACUCUUUUCAAUCUAUGUGAUGGUGAAUUGGUUAUCAAGGCAUUACCAAAUGAAUCAUCCUUCGUCAAAAGAUUCAGCGUCUCACACAGAUUAUCAGUAGCAACUUCCACCAGUGGCCAUACAAGGACUGAUGGACCAAGUGUACCAGCUUCACGCACAGGUGAAGAAGGAUCAAGACCAACGUCUCUCAUCGAAUCUCGUGCUACUUCUCGCCAUGCUAGUGUGUCAAAUUUCUCCACAGCUACUGGUACGACUGGAGCCCUCGGUCGUGCUGCAUCUAUCAGACGUCAAAGUGUCGUGGGUACGCCUAGUCAACGCUAUUCAAAUUAUAGCAAUUUCAGUACGAACAAUAAUAGUAACGAGGCUUAUUUGAGGGUCCAUGUUAAAAGUGGUAACUUAGAUCGUCUUAUUGAUGUUCUCAUCCUCGGUAUUGAUCAUUUAGGUGUACAAAGAACGUCUGCUGAUGAUAUGGGUGGUGGUUUGGAAGUAUCCACAGCUGGUAAAGGCAAGAUCCGAUUUUCAAUGGACUUGACCGAGUACGCUGAUGUUUUCUUUGCUACAUUCAGAAGUAUAUGUCCUCCGUUGAAGUUAUUUGAGACACUACAGAAACGCUUUGAAUGCGCGCCAAAUGUCUCACCAGAAUUAUCAUUAGUCGCUUCAGAAGUUCACUUCCCACUUUGGAAGUCAGAACGGAUACCAUUUGAUCAAAUUGAAUGGGAGCAAGUCACGAGAGUCAGAGUUGGUGUUAUCGAUGCUCUGAGAUUCUGGUUAGAGUUUGGUGGUGGAUUGCAAGAUGCGCUGGAUGAGCAAUUACUGUUCUCUGGCUUGAUUACAUUCCUCAAAAGCGGUCAGACUAUGACACAAGAACGUCACAAUAGUGAGGACCAAUUAGCUUCCUUGCAGACCACUCAGCGUGCCAUGCAAUCACUCUACGAGUUCUUUAUCAGACAGGCUUUACGCCCAGAUUUGAUAUCGAAUAAUGAAGGAACAACUGAAACAACAAACCUCAAAUCAGAAACGAAUAGCAAUCCUUGUGCGUCUGAGAGUGAACACGCCGAACAGCCGAAUAAGCAGAAAUCUUCGGACAACAAAACCAAGGAUAUUCUCGAAGCUGCAUCAGUAGUCGAAAAUAUGGAUAACAGGACUGCUGAAGAGAUCGUCGACGCAUUGGAUCAAAUUGGUUCAGCUAUUUUGAGAAACAUUUCAGAGCAAGACCUUGUUGCAACGGCAGAAUUAUUUGAAACUCAAGUAAAUGAGAAUGAAGGCUGGUUUGCUAGUAAAUUUCAGGAUACCAACUACAGUCUCGCUCAAGAAAAUCUAUCAAUCCAAGAUAUUUACACCUAUAUUAAUAUCGUCAAAGGUGAGGGUGAUAUGAGUAUUGCUAGGAGACUACCAGCAAGUGUUAGAGCUGCUCACAAAGCCACAAUGAUUGUUCGGAAGUGGGCAACUAAUAUGAUAUCCCAAGUUGGAUUGGGCUUGGAAGCAAGAUCUAAGCGAAUUGAAAUCAUGUUGGAUGCUAUCUCUAUAUGUAGAUCACGAAUGACAUGCUUGAAUGGCGAGGAAGUAUCGUUUAGAGUUGGUGGUAACCUCGGUUCAAGCGUACAAAGCGUGUUACCAUCUGCAAAUGACAUCUCGGCAUCCACUAUAAAAUCCAUGGUUGAGGGCGCUUUGGUAGCUGCGUUGGUAACUCCAGAAUCAAGAAGUCAUGUGGGCGCCUGGGCCCAAGUAUCAGCAAACCGAAAUGCGAAUCUCGAAUCACUGUCGACAUUUAUCAAGCUCCCUGAUACCCCAGAAAGCGAGAAACGGAAGAGUAACUCAAGUCUCCGCGAGCGUGAGCGUCCAUGCGCCGUUGAUCUUGGUUGGAUUUGGGAACGUAUGUUAGAAGUUAUCUUGGAUGUCCGCGACGAUGAGAAUGUCACUGGUCAGGUUGUGUCUUUCGAUAAACGGAGAUACCUCUUCAACUUUAGCUGCAAUGCUCCUCAGCUUGGCCAACAGAGUGUACUCUCAAGUGAAGACGAAGGAUCUAUAUCAUUUUUACUCCAAUUGAUGGAUAAGCAGUCAAAUGAACUGAUAUCAAAAUCUCAAGCUAGAGAUUCCGAGAAUUCUGGUGGACUUCUCAAACAGAUACAUGAAGAUGCAAGUCGGGAAGUUAUACAAGCGCACACUAAGGGAAUCCUAGUAGAAAAUGCCUAUGCUUUCUCAGGUAUCGCCAAACUACAACAGGAGAAGGAGAAGAGAGAUGUGACAAUAGUUGAACGUAUGAGACGCGAAAAGCGUGAUGAUUUGGCGGCUCUUGAGAAACGUGAAAUUGAGAUACAAAAAGCAGCUUCAAUGUCAUUCUUAACGAAACAUGGUAGAACAGCUUCUUCGACCUCAGCGACAAGCAUCGGUAGUUCAAACACGAUAAAGAAAUCUAGACAAGGUAAACGCAUGACUGCGUUACUUAGACCUUUCAGACCGCUUUCAAUUGCGUUCGGCUCAUCACAGCAUCCACCUUCUGAAGCCCCAAGGAAGAGACUCUCUGAAUUAGACUUUGAACCUUCGAAUAAACCUGCUUUGGUAAUCACACUGCAUGCUGCAAGAGUAUCCGAGUUCGUCAACAAUGCUCGCAGUUACACGUUCCAGAUUGUUUCAGAAGAUGGCGCAAAUUACUUAUUCCAAGGUACAUCAGCAACUGAUGUGAAGGAAUGGAUAGAGGUUAUCUCCAGAGCUAGUCAAACUUCAGCAGCGAAGCGACUUACUUAUAUUGCACCAAAUAACAUACCUGCGAGUGAAUUACAAGCUCAGUCGCAAACUCCUGCGCCUGCACCAUCCGUUCCUGCUAAGAGAGAACCACAAGCUGUAUUCGGUGUUGACUUGUCUGAAGUCGUCAGGAGAGAGCUUGGUGAUGAAGGAGUCAAGAACGGCGAAAUUCCUAUCAUCGUUGAUAAAUGUUUGAACGAGAUUGAGGAAAGAGGCCUGCUUGAGACUGGUAUAUAUAGAUUAAGUGGGGCAAUAAGCGCGAUUAGCAAUCUCAAGGAUGCAUUCGAUAGUGACGCCUCAGCGGUUAAUUUGAGUGAAGGUGACGCAAGGGACGUUCAUUCCGUCAGUGGUAUACUCAAACUAUACUUACGCGAACUUCCUGAACCAGUCGUACCAUACGCCAUGUAUCCAAGCUUCAUCCAGGCAGUCUUGAUCCCAGAAUACGAAGAGCGCCUCUAUGCUAUUCGCGAGCUCGUUUGGAAUUUGCCUAGAACUCAUUUCACCUUGCUAAGAAGAUUGUCAGAGCAUCUAGAGAAGGUCACUGAUUACGAGGAUCAAAAUCAGAUGUUUGCUCACAAUCUCGCCAUUGUAUUUGGUCCAAACAUCCUCAAACCUCCAGCAGGUCCCGGAAAUUUCAUGGCUAGUAUGAGCAAUAUCGGUCAUGUGUCAAACUUAGUUAAGAUAUUCAUUCUUCAGUGUCACUGGCUUUUCUAUGCGGCUGAUGAAGCUGAUGCUGAAAAUUAUGAUAAUACAGCUGAACAACAACAGUCAGACCAAGCUAACGAUGAUACCGUCAUUCUCGAAGAAGAUGAAGACGCAGCUUAGCGAUAUCCCCCGAUUCUACUUUACUUCACCCUAAUAGUCUUCUAGUUUUUUAGAUAAAAGUUUGUAGUUUUUAUUUCAUAUUGGGUAUUUC